CCGUGCCCAUCAUGGGCUCCUGGGUGUACAUCACGGUGGAGCUGGCCAUUGCCGUGCUGGCCAUCCUGGGCAACGUCCUGGUGUGCUGGGCCGUGUGGCUCAACAGCAACCUGCAGAACGUCACCAACUACUUCGUGGUGUCGCUGGCAGCGGCCGACAUUGCGGUGGGCGUGCUCGCCAUCCCGUUUGCCAUCACCAUCAGCACUGGGUUCUGUGCUGCCUGCCACGGCUGCCUCUUCAUUGCCUGCUUCGUCCUGGUCCUCACACAGAGCUCCAUCUUCAGCCUCCUGGCCAUUGCCAUUGACCGCUACAUCGCUAUCCGCAUCCCGCUCCGGUACAAUGGCUUGGUGACUGGCACGAGGGCUAAGGGCAUCAUUGCCAUCUGCUGGGUGCUGUCAUUUGCCAUCGGUCUGACUCCCAUGCUGGGUUGGAACAACUGUGGUCAGCCUAAGGAGGGCAGGAACCACUCCCAGGGCUGCGGGGAGGGCCAGGUGGCCUGUCUCUUUGAGGACGUGGUCCCCAUGAACUACAUGGUGUACUUCAACUUCUUUGCCUGUGUGCUGGGGCCCCUGCUGCUCAUGCUGGGUGUCUACCUGCGGAUCUUCCUGGCAGCGCGACGACAGCUGAAGCAGAUGGAGAGCCAACCUCUGCCGGGGGAGCGGACACGGUCCACACUGCAGAAGGAGGUCCACGCGGCCAAAUCGCUGGCCAUCAUUGUGGGGCUCUUUGCCCUCUGCUGGCUGCCCCUUCACAUCAUCAACUGCUUCACCUUCUUCUGUCCCGACUGCAGCCACGCCCCUCUCUGGCUCAUGUACCUGGCCAUCGUCCUCUCCCACACCAAUUCGGUUGUGAAUCCCUUCAUCUAUGCCUACCGUAUCCGCGAGUUCCGCCAGACCUUCCGCAAGAUCAUUCGCAGCCACGUCCUGGGACAGCAAGAACCCUUCAAGGCAGCAGCUGGCACCAGUGCCCGGGCCCUAGCAGCUCAUGGCAGUGAUGGAGAGCAGGUGAGCCUCCGUCUCAACGGCCACCCCCCAGGAGUGUGGGCCAACGGCAGUGCUCCCCACCCGGAGCGGAGGCCCAAUGGCUACGCUCUGGGGCUGGUGAGUGGAGGGAGUGCCCGAGAGUCCCAGGGAGACACGGGCCUCCCAGACGUGGAGCUCCUUAGCCAUGAGCUCAAGGGCGUGUGCCCAGAGUCCCCUGGCACAGAGGACCCCCUGGCCCAGGAUGGAGCAGGAGUGUCCUGAUGAUCCCUGGAGUUUGCCCCUUCCUAAGGGAAGGAAAUCUUUAUCUUUCUGGUUGGCUUGACCAGUCAUGUUGGGAGAAGAGAGUGCCAGGAGCCCUGAGGGCAGCUGGUUCCUGCUUUGGACUGAGAGGAGAGAGCCCCAGGCUGGAGCAGCAUGAGGCCCAGCAAGGAGGGCUUGGGGUCGCAGGAAGCAGACGUUUCAUGCUGUGAAGCCCUGGACCAGGUGGGGGCCGCAGCACCAGCAGCAUCUUCGCUGGCCAGGGCCCAGCCCUCCACUGCAGAAGCAUCUGGAAGCGCCACCUUGUCUCCACAGAGCAGGCUGGGCACAGCAGACCGGCUUGGCCCCGAGGCUGGGGAGUGGCUCCAGCAGCCGCCUGCCACCCACCCACCACUCUCCCUAGACAAUCAAAGGGUUCAGGAGCUGCUGGGCCCAGAGGUGACAUUUGACUCUUUUCCAGGAAAAAUGUAAAUGUGAGGAAACCCUUUUGAUUUUAUUACCUUUUCCUCCCUGGCUGCUGGGUCUGCUGUCGGUCCUGCUGCUAACCUGGCACCAGAGCCUCUGCCUGGGGAGUCAGGCAGUCCUCUCCCGCUGUCAUGAGCUGCCAUCCACUUCUCAGUCCCAGGGCCAUCUCUCGGAGUGACAAUGCUGGGAUCAAGGACAGGGAGUUACAACAGAGCAGUGCCAGAGCAUGGGCGCAGGCCCCAGGGGAGAGGUCGGGGCUGGCAGGCCACUGGCACGUGCCUAAGCAGCGCGGAGCUGCCUGGCGAGAGGCCUUGUCUAACUGCCUUUUCUUCUAAAGGGAACUUUUUUUUCUGAGAUAAAAUAAAAAUGAGCCACAUCGUGUUUUAAGCUUGUCCAAUGAGAA